ACUCACACAGUAUGUGACAGACAUUUCCUCUUCAAGAUUUUAAUUCUUCAAAACGAUGAAAAGUGGAAAUAAAGAAUCAAGUGUGACAACAGUUCAGCUUACACCUGCUAGUUUCAUCUUCGUAAGAAUGCCUGUCAAAAGUAACAUGGGUUUGUCACUAUGAACAAAUCAUUUAUAUAAUGCUUGAAGUGUGUUUUGUUGUCAUAAUCAACAACAAAGCACUUCUCUGUUAACCCUGACUGCCACGACUCUAAUUUGAAAGCUUGAAAUUUGAAAGCUCAAUUUCAUCAAACAAGACAGUUUUGUCGGUUUGAGAGGAUCCUAAUUGAGUAGUAUGGUGGAAGGGCUUGUAUCACGUAGUCGUGGUUCCAGAAGUAAAAAUAAUUUAAAUGAAUGUAUAGAUUACAUAGGGGGGUUUAUUGUGUGUGUCUUUUUUAUAUAUAUAUUUAUAGACAACAGAUGACAACCCACUGGAGAACUUACAACAUUUGGAUGGGCAUGAGGGUUGGAAAGCCAAUUACAAAUCAGAAGAAGCAUGUUCUGGUAAAGGCAGGCUGACAUUAGAUGCUGAGCUUUACAUAAAUUAUUAAAUAUAUUUAGCACCUUUAAUCAAUUAACUUUCACGUCCUGGUUCAAUGGAGCAACGGUGGUGCUGCUUUUUAUUUCUGAUUGCAAUCAUGUGUGGCAUUCUGGAUAUACUAGAAUUUGUGCUGGCAUCUACAUUGCUACGUCCAUUGCGGUUAAUGGGAAAUGCAGCAUCUAAUGCUAUUUGACAUACUAGACAAAGAAAACGGUAUUUCUCAGAGACAAAGAUGAGGUUUUUUGACCGCAUUGCCUGCUACUCUGAUUCUAUGUUGAGCCACUGAGGUUAUCAUUAAAAGUUAACUUCAAAUGCUAGCUCACAGUGGGAUAAAAUACCAGGAGCUCUGUCCACUUCACUACACGCUGCCAUUUCUAACUUUGCUCCGAGUCUCUGCCUCCUCUCGUCUUUCCCUCUGGCCGGCUCGACCAGGCCCACAGCACUGUAGCUCGGAGAGCAUUCCCAGUUGUCUCUGCCCCUCCCUCUCUCUCAACAAGGGGAGGAUUUUAUCGCAACAGCAGGCACAAACCCUGACAGUACUAAGAGGACCUCAAACACAACACACACGUGGCUUGUGGGCACACACACACACACACACACACACAAACACUCUCGCCCUCUCCCUUUCUCUCCAAUGCACACAUUUCAUGCAAGCUACAAAGCAGCUGACCUUACAACAAAGCUGCACAGUGCACAGAGGAGAGUAUGGUGAAAGGAGAGGAGAGGUGACAGCUCUUAGUCAGUUAGCAGUGUGUGACUAACUCUCCUGGGAAAAAGUCUGCAUGACAGAGGCAGUGGGAGAGAUAAGACAAGGACAAGACAAUAACUACAACACAAAGAGAAAAACGUUUCCAACAACCAAGACAGUUGAGGAUCGCUGCCGACUCUCGAGUGAUCUGCUCCUUUGAUGGCAUUUGACACCAAGGGAUGUAAUAGACAGCGAGUGAAGGGAUGAACAUGGACAGACCCAUGGACACAAGGAGCUCGAGGCUGUACUCGGUGAUAAGCUCAUUUUUGAUCAAAUUCUGAAUAUCUCACAGAGACGUCAGCGGUGCAGUUUUCACCUGUAAGUACAGAUCUUUCCUUACAAUUUACAGCCAGAUGUUAUUGUGAUAAUUCCUUCUUACACAUUGGAAGACUAACAGUAGUUCAAAUAUGGAUUUCUUUUUUAAGUACUCAACCAGGAGUUAGGUUAAAUACCUGAAAAGCUCUGUUUUGCUAUCUUACAAUGUGUGAAACCACAUAUACAGUUUGUGUUCGUGAGGCUGACCUAUGACCCUGCAGGCUGUGUAAUCCAUCUGAAUCCCAGGUGGAAGCUGUGUUGAAUCCAUCAGCCUGCAAAAAGGGCCAAAUACACACACCUGGGACAUUGUCCUUUGAAGAGUUUGACAUGAACUGAAGGCAAUCAUAGCACACAUCAGGCAGGGACCAGAGGUCAGCUUAGUUAUGGUGGGAUCAUAUUUCACUGUCAACCUUAAAUUUUAAUCUUUCACACAAUUCUGGAUAAAAUGAAAAUCAUAUAUUCCAAGUAGAGGUUGCGAUUUUCUUGCAUAAUUCUCAUUAUGGUCUUUGGGGCUGAAAAUGUGACCCUGUUUUUAGUAAAAGGUGCAAGCUUUUGUAAGAACUAGGGUUGGAUAAAUUCACUUUGUUCUCGUUUUUUGUUUAUUCUCUGAAGGUAAAUUUCCAUCAUUACUCUUUUUUGUUGAUUUUUUGUUCCUGCUGCAUCUACCUUUGCACAACUGGUCUUACUCUGUCUUGCCAGUACGUGCAACUUGGGAGAGAAAUUCACACUUAGCUUAAAGCAUCAGAUAUUCCAGCAUAUGUAAAUGCAACACAACAGUGCUAUAAAAACAUCAUGGCCUCACAAUCCAGGUUAACAUUUCUUGUUUCUUCAGUUUCUCAGGACUGUCUGCUGUGACUGCCAUGCCAUUGUUCAACUGGAUGAAAUGGUCGCAUGAAACAAGCGUGCAGGAUCAGGAUGAAGCACCAUCUCUGAAAACCCCAGGCGUCUUACCCAGCCGCAUGUUGAUCAAAGAGCUCCUGUGGCAUGUGGAGGAACGCGAGCACCUGGCGAGGGAGCUGGAAAGGGAGAACAGGCUGGCCUACAGCGCCUUGGGUCUCCACUGGUUUCAGAGGUACCCCAGAUUGCGGACCCUCAUCCCCACAUCAGAGCUACACCAGCUGGAGUUCCUGUGUGCCCAGAUCCCACCUAUCCACGUAGCCAACGUGCUCUCCAGAUUUCGUGAGGUGCUCGCCACUAACAACAUAAUGCCCUGGGAAUUGGCAUCUGUCUUCAAGCGGGUGCUCAGGGACUUUUUGAGCCAAAAGGAAUAUGACGAAGAGGACAGUCUUUCAGUGCAGCCAGGGCCGCUCCGACCAAUGGAGUCUUGGACCAGCCGUUACAAAAUGAAGCAGCGCUUUGUCACACCUACGGUCCCCAACUGUACAGACCACCCAAGGGAGGAGAUCCCAACAAUCUCCGGAUAUGUGGACCGGGCCAUGAGGCACUCCAGCUCAGUCACCGUAAACAGGGACUGGAACCUUCCAUAUUACUAUCCAGUUCCUCUCAGGCCCACAGGGGCAUAUAACACUACACUGUGAGAGGACACACUCCUCCAUAAGUCUGUGGUCUUGUAUCACAAGGAAAAUCAGUCAUCACAUAAACAGCAUGGAGACGUGAUGCAAAGACUUAAUUAUUUGUAGGACUGUUAAUUGUAAUUUUUAAAUAAUUGCUUGUGACCAAAAACGUGAAGAUGACUUUAGGCUAGGUGGACAAUGUGUUGAACUGUUUUAUUACUUUAACAGGUCACCAGAUCUUUACAAUCCCUAAAGAAAUUAGCAUAAUUUCUUUAAUAGAUUGUUUAGUCUUAUUGCCUGUCUUGUUAAUCAUCUUGUCAUAGCUUUUUAUAUUUUUAUUCAAUUUGUUUAUAUUUAAUUAUUGUGUCCCCUUAAGAGUUUCUGACCUCCAGGUUAGAAACAUUGACAUUUCUGAUUCAGUGGCCAAGCCAGAGCUGUAAUCAACAGCUGACGUUUUGUGCUACCUUUGGCAAAUUAUGAAAUUUGAAGUCACUGAAAACCUUUUGACAGCCAACGUUACAGUAAAUUGAGGGUAUUCAAAAAUAAUAAAAACUGAUUAUAACUGAAAAUUAGUCAACCAGGUAGCGUGUAAAGUGCUAUAUAAAAUAAAAUUGAGGUAUUCAUUGAAAUCUUGGAAAACCUUGAAAAAGGCUUGAAUUUAACGGUGGUUCAUUUAUAUGUUAAAGUCCUGCACUCCAGCUUUAAUGAAUCAACACACUGUCGAACUAAAAGGAUUUGACAUUAGCAUUAUAUGUUGCUGUGACACACUUCGACAUGUAUAAAGCUGGUGGCAGCCAUUUGAAAUGCUAAAUAUGUUAAUGUUGGAAAGCUACCUAGCUAAUUACCGUGCGUUAGCUAAAACUCAGCAUCCAGCACAGCUCACAUUUUUCUAAUUUUGCAUGCAUUUUCUUUAAUCUAGCGUUAACUCUUCCGGCCGUCCUACUGUUUGUAGCUAUGAGAAAAUAAAUUUAUGUUUUGGCUGAAAUAAAGGAAGUGACACUUGUAGCCUUGAAUAUUUUUUACUUGGUUAACCACUAGCACAGGUGACGCGGGAUGCUAGCUAGCUUUUAGCUAACGUUAACUUUGCUUCAGCUUA